ACGGGGCUGCAAUUGGCCUGGCUUUGCUAUUGCCACGCCCCCACUGUGCCCGGAUUGGCUCUGUGCUGGAUUGCCCGUUCAUCCACAGCCAGCUAUGGCGGCUCAGCUCCGGCUCCGCUCUGCAGUAGCCCUGGUCACAGGUGCGGGUAGCGGCAUCGGCCGAGCAGUCAGUGUGCGCCUGGCCCAAGAGGGGGCUGCAGUGGCUGCUUGCGACCUGGACGGGGCAGCGGCACGGGAGACGGUGCAGCUGCUGGGCGGGCCAGGGAGCGAGAAGAGGGCCCACGCUGCCUUCCAGACUGAUGUGUCUGAGGCCGGGUCCGCCAGGCGCCUGCUGGAACAAGUGCAGGCCUGCUUUACUCGCCCACCAUCUGUCGUCGUGUCCUGUGCGGGCAUUACCAGGGAUGAGUUUCUACUUCACAUGUCUGAGGAUGACUGGGACAAAGUCAUAGCUGUUAACCUCAAGGGCAUCUUUCUAGUCACUCAGGCAGCAGCCCAAGCCCUGGUGUCCAGUGGUUGUCAUGGCUCCAUCAUCAACAUCAGUAGCAUCAUAGGGAAGGUGGGGAACAUGGGACAGACAAACUACUCAGCGUCCAAGGCUGGAGUGAUUGGGCUGACCCAGACUGUAGCUCGGGAGCUCGGACGAUAUGGGAUCCGCUGUAACUCUGUCCUUCCGGGGUUCAUUACAACACCCAUGACACAGAAAGUGCCACAGAAAGUGCUGGACAAGAUAACUGCAAUGAUCCCAGUGGGACAUCUGGGAAACCCUGAGGAUGUGGCAGAUGUGGUCGCCUUCUUGGCAUCUGAUGACAGUGGAUACAUCACCGGGGCCUCAGUGGAAGUCACCGGAGGUCUUUUCAUGUAACUGCCUCAAGGACCCUGGACUCUGCUCACUCCCCCACCACUCUGCCGGGCCUCCUGCUGAUGAGAACUCUGAGUUCCCAGGCUACAAAAAGGGUGGCAGUGUAUGGCUCAGGAAUGCUGAAUAUGGGAGGCAGGGGUGCUUGUGACCCUAAUAAAUUCCAAA